GCUGCGCAGGUUCCGGCGCAGGCCGAGAAGGCGAAGAGUGCGGCCACCGAGGCGUUGGCGCGCGCGGAGGGCACCACGGCCGCUCCUGCCGCCGCCGACACCAGCCAGGGAACCGCCAACCAGCCGAAGUUCAAGGCCACGUGGAACGAGGCGCCUUUCCAGGGGCUCGAUGAGCCGGAGCGCGAGAAGACGGAGCGCCAGGGGCUGCGACUCGCGCACACCCAGCUGCAGGAGCGGCAGAACACGCUGAGCGCCAAGGAGGCGGACACCCAGGUGAUGCUGGAGAAAGCCGCCACGGUGCGCAAGGAGGUCGAUGACCGCCUCGCGAAGGAGAGGAAGACGGCAGAAGGCCAGGCGGCCCCAGGCGGAGGACGCGGCGAGGGCGCUGCGGGUGGUGACACCGCGCCUGGAGCCGCGUCGUCGGCCGAGGCAGGAGCUGCCGCCGCCGCCGCGCCCGCCGCCAAGGCCGAGGCCAAGCGGCGCGAGCAGGAGCAGAUCGAGCUGGAGGCGGUCAAGCUGCCGUCGACGAAGUUUGCGGCUCAACGCGCGGCCCUGGAAGAGCAGAAGGCGACCGUCGGUAAGUCGAUGGGCAAGGGCGAGGGCAACGGCAACCGCGAGGGGCCGUGUUGGGGCUACCUGCUGAAGUCCAGCUGUGAUUUCAUUGGCGCGCGCGAGACUCGCGUUGUCGAUUCGCAGUUCAAGUCGCGGGAUAAGAAAGCCAAAGGGGCUGGCUAUGAUUUUCUUGCCAACCAUGCGAGAGCGAAGAAGGAACGUGUCAGUGCUGCCAUGAUCCAUCGGUCCUGGGAAAGGGGCGAGCGGUUGUUGGCUCUGCGGCACUUCCCGGUGCAAAACGCUUUCACCAAGUCCGCGGACCUGAAGCUGAGGGCCCAAGGGCAUGCGGCGCUCGACGGCUUCCAG